GUACAUUUCAUAUUUGUGUCAUCAUCAUUCUCCUUGUCAAAAAAAAAAAAAACAAAAAAUCAUAUUGAUUCUAGUUAAUCCUCAGUUAGUGUGUGUGUGUGUGUGCUUGUCAUCUAUAAAUUAUCAACCAAAAUUUUAACCCAAAUUCUUUGUCAGUUCCAGUAACCUAGUUUUUGUUCUACUGCUGCUGCUGCUGAUUAUCUUGCUUUAUUGUUGUUCCAGUUUCUUUUUCACCCAGUUUGUGGUCGAAUCGAUUUAUAUUCUGUAAAUUCAUUGUGUGUGAGUGAAAAUCACCAAAAAAAAAAAAAAAAACAAAUUACAAUAAUCAUGGCACCAGAACGUAAAGUUCAUGUACAACGAUCAGAUAAUAAUCUAAUUGAUCAAGAAUUUAGUUCAAUUCGUACAAGAUUUGAAGAUGAAAUGAAAAAAAUGGAAGAAGAAAUGAAUAGAUUUCGUACACAAUUAAUGGAUCGUGAACGAACAUUUUUUGGUUCAAAUUUAUCAUCAUCAACAGCAAAUAAUAAUUCAACAACACAACGUUCAUUUGGUCGUGAAUUAGAAAGUUCAGCACCAUCAACAAAAACAACACAUUGGUUAGAUGAUAUUAAUUCACCAUUAGUACAGGAUUCACCGGAUGGUAAUAAAGUAUUAAAAUUACGUUUUGAUGUAACACAAUAUGCACCCGAAGAAAUUGUUGUUAAAACUAUUGAUAAUCGUCUUCAGGUACACGCAAAACAUGAAGAAAAAAGUGAAAAUAAAAGCGUUUAUCGUGAAUAUAAUCGUGAAUUUUUAUUACCAAAAGGUACAAAUCCUGAAUUGAUUCGUUCAAGUUUAUCAAAAGAUGGUGUAUUGACUGUUGAAUCGCCAUUACCAGCACUGGAAUAUAAUGAUGGUGAAAAACGUAUACCAAUUCAACAUAAAUAAACCGAAAAAACAACAAC